AUGACGCUGUCUGGCGGCCUCUCUGCCGGCAGCCGCGAUCGCAAGAGCUCGUUCGGCGGCGGCAUCUCUCUCAUGGCUAACGGCGCCAGCGGCGGCGCCGGCGGCGGCGCAGGAGGAGGAGGAGGCGGAGGCCCCGGCAAGGCGCCGCCCCGCGCGUCCUCCAUGUCGGGCGGCCCCUCCGCCCUCGUCGCCGCGGCCGGCGGCAGCUCCCGUUCGCUGCUGCUGCUGCUGGCCGGGUGCAUCCUUGGCAUCACAUUCGUGUCGCCGCUGUUCCUGAUGUCCCACAGAGAGCAGGCGCUGCACUUCGGGAUGCUGCCGGGGCACGAGCCGCCGCGCGGCGGCGGCGGCGGCGGCGGCGGCGGCGGCCUUGGACACGCCAGCUUCCCUGCAGGCGCGCCCCCCGCACAGCUCGCCGCGGCCUCGGACGCCGCCGCCGCCGCGCUCGCCGCCGACGGCCCCGCCUGGCUCGGGCCCUACGCGCUGACGGGCGCCGCGGGGGAGGCGGCGGCGGCGUUCUCUCGGGAGGCGCGGGCGGCGCGGCGGCGGGAGCGGGUGGGCGCGAAGCAGUACCUAUUAGAUCCAGAGCCCCUGGAGAUGCGCAUGUGGCACGCCAAGGUCAAAGCCCACCUUGCCAGCCGCGAAUUCCAGUCAAAGGUGGCCGCCCGCAAGGCCAAGGCCGCCAAGCGCGGCGGCAACCGCGGCAUCAUCAUGAACGCCGGCGGCCGCAAGCUGCUGACCAGCGCGGUCGUGACGCUCGCGGUGCUGCGGCGCGCGCUCAACUGCACGCUGCCCGUCGAGCUGGUGUGGCACUCCGACAAGGAGAUGGACAGGUCGACGCUGGCGGCGCUGGCGCGGGAGUUUGGGCCGCUGAGGGGGUACAAUGUUGCGGCGGAGCCCUUCCCGAAGCACCACCGCAGAGAGUGA